AUGGUUCAGCUGUGGGCUUUGCCGUUGUUUGCAUUUAUCACAGUCCUGAUUGAGAGAUCCAUAUAUGAUGAAUCUUUGAAUAUUUGCAGUGAACUAAAUGACACUGUUAUUGAGGCACAACUAAGGACAAGACAAGUUCCACCUCAACUUCCAACCAAGACUGCAAUUCAAAGUUAUCAGCAAUCAACUAAUCGAUUGCUCAUAUUGGGAUUCAGUGGAACUUUAACUGAACCAGUCGAGAAAACAGGUGAUCAGAUUAAGGAAAUGGAACUUAAGGUGCAUCCAAAACUGAGACAACCCUUGACAGCACUAUGCAGUGAUCCAAAUACCACAGUUGUUGUGCUCAGUGGAAGUGGUAGAAAAGUCCUGGAUGAUAACUUCAAAGAAUAUGACAUGUGGUUGGCGGCUGAGAAUGGAAUGUUUUUACAUCCUUCAAAGGGUGAGUGGAUGACGACAAUGCCAGAGCAUCUGAAUAUGGAAUGGCUUGAUAGUGUGAAGCAUGUUUUUGAGUAUUUCACAGAAAGAACACCUCGGUCACAUUUUGAUUAUGAAGAAAGAGAAACUUCACUUGUAUGGAAUUACAAAUAUGCAGAUGUUGAGUUUGGAAAGCUUCAAGCAAGGGACAUGCUGCAGCAUCUCUGGACAGGUCCAAUUUCUAAUGCAUCAGUUGAAGUUGUUCAAGGGAGCCGAUCUGUUGAGGUGCGAGCUGUUGGUGUUACGAAGGGAGCAGCCAUUGACCGCAUCUUGGGUGAGAUAGUGCACAGUAAAUCAAUGACAUCACCAAUUGAUUAUGUUCUUUGCAUAGGACAUUUUCUGGGGAAGGACGAAGAUAUUUAUUCAUUUUUUGAGCCAGAUCUUCCUUCUAUUGGUGUGGGCCUUCCGCGAAGCAAGGUAACAUCAGAUGGAGUUAAGUUUCCUGUUGAGAGGAAACCGUGUUUGAAGGAACCACCAACUAAGAGCGGACCAAAGUCAUCUCAAAAUAAGGCAACACGACCAGUGUCAAAUUCUGAGAAGAAAUCAAACAAUCAUAUCUCCAUUACACCACGAAGGGCAGCACCUGAAAAGGUUUCAUGGAACGUCCUCGACCUUAAGAAAGAGAAUUACUUCUCUUGUUCCAUUGGACGAACUCGAACAAAUGCUCGGUAUACGCUUGAUUCAUCCGACGAUGUUGUUUCAUUUCUGAAGGAACUAGCUAAUGCUUCUAUCCGAACGUAGAAGUGAGUCAAAAUACUGCACCUUGGCACAGGGAGGAUUCUGCAGAGUCCAAUUCAGUGCGAUCACUCUUCCACGCAUUCACACAUUCAGUGUAUUUAUAACUGUUGCGUGAAAAUCAGACUGUUUAUCUCAUACGUGUUUUACAUCAGUCUGCUUAUAAAAUAUUAGUCAUCAGAACUUCAUCCCACAGUUCCUAGUUGUUGAAUGAAUGAAUGCGUGUAAAGAAAGAAUCCGAAUUCGGUA